UGUAAUGGCCACCGGAACAGUCCAAGUCGGCUUCCCACUUCUGCUGCUUCUUUCCUCCCUCUUGGCUGCAUCCUCCUCGGGAUCCGAUCCGGAGAAGACGCGCUGCGUCAUGGAGUGCCGAGGGACCAGCGAGCGAGAAGCUGGAAGAGAGCAGGAGCGCGAGGAGGAGGCGGAGGGUGAAACAAGAGAGUACAACCCGUACUACUUCGGCGAGAGGAGCUACGAGCACUGGAGCAGAUCGGAGCACGGCCGUUUCAAGGUUCUGGAGAGGUUUUCCAGGCGAUCCGAGCUCUUGAUCGGCAUCGAGAACUAUCGCCUGGCGAUCAUGGAGGCUGAGCCCGAGACCUUUAUCAUGCCCAGCCAUUGGGACGCCGAGGAGGUCUUCUACGUAAUGGAAGGCCGUGGGACCAUAACAUUGCUUCACGAGGAAAACCGGGAGUCGCACGAGAUCAAGAGAGGAGACAUCAUGAGGAUUCCGGCAGGGGUGAUCGUUUAUGCGAUCAACAAAGCCAAAAACGAGAGGCUUCAUAUCGCCAUGCUCCUCCACCCCAUCUCCACACCUGGACACUUCGAGGAGUUCUUUGGCGCAGCCGGUAGCAACCCGGAGAGCUUCUACAACAGCUUCAGCAAUGGAGUAUUGGAAGCCGCCUUCAAUACUCCAAGGGAUAGAUUAGAGAGACUCUUCGAGCGCCAGAAGAAGGGGGAAAUCAUAAAGAUAACCGAAGAGCAGAUCAGGGCAUUGAGUCAAACCACCGGCUUCGGUGGCGGUCGGCAUUCUGCACGGUCAAAUGAACCGUACAAUCUGCUGCAGAAGAGGCCGUCGCAUGCAAACGAGUAUGGGGAACUCUACGAGGCCAGAUCUAGUGACUAUCACCGGCUCCAGGAUCUUGAUGUGGAUGUAUCCAUCGCUAACAUCAGCGAGAGAUCGAUGAUGGCACCAAGCUACAACUCCCGGGCGACCAAGUUGGCCAUGGUGGUGGAGGGAAGAGGCCACUUCGAGAUGGUCUGUCCCCGUCGCUCCGGUGACUCACGCAGGAGCGAGGAUGCAACGGAACCGGAAGGACAGCAGCGCGUCCGCUACCGGACGGUGCGAUCGGAAGUCUCCCGCGGUUCAGUGUUCGUGAUCCCUCCGGGCCACCCGGUGACCGCCGUCGCCGCCGCAAACGAGAACCUUGAGGUCCUCUGUUUCGGCAUCAGGGCGGGAAGGAACAGGAAGUGCUACCUCGCGGGAAAGAACAACGUGAUGAACUUACUGGACAGGGAAGCGAAGCAGCUGUCGUUCGGCGCACCGGCGGAAGAAGUGCAAGAGGUGUUCGACGCACAGCCAGAGUCGGUGUUCCUGCCCGGACCGGGGAGGCGGCGGGGAGAAGCGAAGCGGCGGCAGCCAUCGGUUGAGUCGCUCUUUGGUUUCGGAGGAUUCUAGAGAGCUUGAAUAAGAGGCGGCCGGCCUCGUCGUAAGCCGGUGGUAGAGAAGGUUGGAGGAGCGGGAAGA